AUGGGGAAAACUGCGCCCAAAAAGGUCAAAGGCCCUGCCUCGAUACAUUCCCGCGCCGCCAAAAGAGCCUCGUCGCCUGGAAUCGAUCUCGAUAAGUCUCUGAAAGACGUUAAACCUCCCAGCGAUGCCAAAGACAUUCGUCCCUCUGUUUUAGCGAUUCACCAAGGUGCCGGCAUAUCCAAGAAAUCCAAGAAUGGUCGAAAAGCUGUGAUGAGCGCAAGGGCUGCGCGCCGGAAAGAAAAGGGCAUGGAUCGCGCGGAAGCAUUCAUGGACAGGAAGGAAAAGAAAGUUGAGAAGAGCAAGGAGAGAUCUAGAAAUAUUCAGAAUAGGAGCAAAGCUUGGGAGGUUAUGAACAAGACUGCGCUGGCGGAAUUGCAGGCUAUGGAGAGUGAUGAGGAGGUUCCGGUCAAUGGCAAAUUAGGGAAAACUGUUUCGCAAGAUGUGAAAUCAAAAGACCCAGAGGUAUCUGAAGAUGCUAUGGCCACCGAAGAGAUGGUUGACGCUGUACCGAUACCUCUGCCAGAGCCAGAUGACGAAGACUUAUGA